GGAACAAUGGAUACUUGUGCUUACCCCUGAUCGGAUUUAUAAACUAGAACAGGACUUUUUCUUCCAUUAGCGGCAUGAGCCAUGAGCCAAAGUCGCCCUCGCUAGGCAUGAUCUCCACGGCGACACGCACCACGGCGACGGUCAACCCCCUCACGCCGUCGCCCCUCAAUGGCUCUGUCGUAGCCAAUGGCAGCCCCGCAGCCCAAUCUGCUCACUCAGGAUUUGCCGCAGCCCUUCGCAAGCUGGCCAAGCAGGCCGAAGAACCUCGAGGUUCAUCUAUCAGUAGCGAAUCCUCCCCUGUCUCAUCUCCAGCCACCAACCAGAGUUCUCCAGUGAGCACGCCCAAGCGGGGACCGCUGGGCCAAGUGAUAGUGCCACCUGGAGGUCAUAGUGUUCCCAGCACCCCACCUGUAGUAACCAUUGCCCCCACUAAAACGGUCAACGGUCUGUGGAGGAGUGAGAGCCGCCCAGUGAGAGAGUCGGAGUCGGGCCCUCGUGGGGUCAGUAGAGAACGAUUGGGUCCUGAGGCUCAGGAAAAGGGUGGGCCCUCAAUUCCACCCCACCUUCUAGGCAAUCCGUACGCAUUUGGCCUGACCCCUGGAUCUGUCAUGCAGGACUCACGCUUUCAGGCUCUAAACAGCCUGCCCCGACAAAUGCCACACGGAGUACCACCUGGCAGCAUACCAGAGGAGUAUCUGCGCAGUUUUCGGCCCUAUGCCACGGCUGAGGACCUGCGGAUGCCCUCACUGCCGCUGGGCCUGGACCCAGCCACUGCUGCAGCCGCUGCAGCUGCCUACUACCACCCGGGCUACCUGCCCCACCCUUCCUUUCCCCAUUACAGGAUGGAUGACCAUUUUCUUUCGGCUCUGAGGUCUCCAUUUUAUCCGCUGCCUGGAGGGGGCGCUUUGCCCCAGCUGCACCCAUCUGCUGUUCCCAUGCAUCUCACAGGGGUGCGUUACCCAGCCGACCUCAGCCAUGCCUCACUGUCCAGCCUUCAGUCUGAGAGGCUCCAGAUGGAGGACGAGCUCCGUCAGAGAGAAAGGGAGCGUGAGCGCGAGAGAGAGCGCGAGCGAGAAAAGGAGCGAGAGCGUGAGGCUGAGCGAGAAAAGGAGCGAGAGAGGGAAAGGGAGCGUGAAAGAGAGAGAGAAAAAGAGCUGGAAAGAGAGCGGGAGAGGGAGCGCGAGAGGGAACGUGAGAGAGAGAAGGAGAAAGAGCGGGAGAGGGAAAGAGAGAGGGAGCUGGAGAGACAGAAGGAAAGAACAGCGCGAGAGAAGGAGCUGCAGGUGUCCAAGGCCAUGGAAGGUCAUUACCUGGCUGAACUGCACGCUCUGAGAGGCCACGCUGAGGAACGAGCCAAGGCGGCUGAGAGACUCACUCCCAACAGAGCAGAUAAAACCAAAGAGCCCACCCUCGCCGCUCCUAAACCCAUCCAGCCCGGCCUUCACCCCUCAAUGAGCUCCACCCACCACCCUGUGCCCACCCUGGUCUCCGCACACGGCAUGUACCUUGGACCAGGAGGUGCAGGCCCCGGGCCCUUGACUCCGGCCAUGAUUCUGCAACGCAACAAUGAGGAGGAGCGGUGGCUGGCCCGACAGAGGAAGAUACGGCAAGAGAAAGAGGACAGACAAUACCAAGUGUCGGAGUUUCGACAACAGGUCCUGGAACAGCAUCUGGAUAUUAAUCGGCCAGGAGAGGCAGCCGAGCUACGAAACGAGGGACAAAGAGCUGUUCCAAACCACCAUGAACCCAACAGCAGAGAGCGUGACCGAGACCGAGACCUUCACUCUCACCUGGGAGCUCCACCGCCUCUCAUCUCCCCAAAACCCCAGCCCAGAGACCACGCCCCUGCUCCACCCACCACCCUCUGGAACCCAGCCUCGCUAAUAGAAACCUCCUCUGAGCCACGACGCACUCUUCACGAGCUACAUCCAGGCCACUACGACAUUGCUCGUCUCCCCCCGCCUCCGGCCAAAGCCGAGCGCCAUUACGGCUCGGAAAAGCCCAAGGAAUUAAUGGAGAAGUUUCCGCUCAUCCGGCCCACGGGCUUCUCCGAGCCCCGGCCUUUCCUAGCUGAGCUGGAGAAAUCCACACAGUCCUUCCUGAACCAACAGAGGGCGACGCUGAGCUUAACCAGCCAAUACGGAGAGCUGAGCGGCGCUCUGAAGAACAGCACGCACAAGAGUUUCCAGGGGCCACCGAUGAGACCAGGAGCCGAGACCAUGCUCGUGUAUGAUGAAUUCCUGCAGCAGCACAGACGGCCAAUCAGCAAACUGGAUUUGGAGGAGAGGAGGAGGAGAGAGGCUAGAGAGAAAGGCUAUUACUACGAGCUGGAUGACUCGUACGAUGAGAGCGAUGAAGAGGAAGUAAGAGCUCAUCUGAGAAGAGUGGCAGAACAGCCACCACUCAAACUGGAUGACUCCACUGAGAAGUUGGAUUUUCUGCGGCGGUUCGGUUUGACCACCGUGUCUCGGCGGGACGAGCUGCUGGAGCAUAAAAGAAGAAAGAGGAGGAGGAUGUUGAGGGAACGAAGCCCUUCCCCUCCGGCCGUGGCCAACAAGCGCCCCUUUCCUCCCCUGAGUACUCGCUUUACGCCGGAGGAGAUGGACAUCGGUCCGGAGCUGGAGGCCAAGAAACGCUUCCUCACAAUGUUCAGCCUUAACCACCUCACCACACAGCAGAGGAAAGAUCCUUCCUUAUCUCAGUCUCCUGGCCGAUCGGGCGAGUUACUCAGCAUCAGACCCCCAAGUCCACACCCUUCCACCGGACCUCCACUGCCAGUUGAGCCAACUGUUCCAGCUGCUCCUAUCGAGCAGCUCAGACCUGCCUCCGAUCCCCCCAGACUGAAGGAAGCUCCACUUUCCCUUUCAUAUUCAGAUAAAAACAAAGGAAGCGACACCAUCAUGGUCAAAAAGCCCCCCAGCCUGCUGAACAGCGCCCGACCUGCCCUGCUCUCUAAAGAGGGCACCGGUACCCUGAAUGGCAGGACCAAGCCUUGGGAAAGCUUCACCGCCGAGGAGUUCGCCCAGCAGUUCCACGAGUCGGUGCUGCAGUCCACCCAGAAAGCACUGCAGAAGCACAAAGGUAGCACCUCGGCCAUCUCUGAGCCCAAACACACCAUGGACUCCACAGUGCAUUACAACAUUCCUGAGCUGCAGAGCGGCGCAGGACGCAGUUCACACCCUAGCCAACACCCUAGCCAACACCCACCACAUCAGCCCAAUGGCCUGCACUGCACGCCCGGAUCCCGGCGCGAUGAAGCAACCCGACUGGAGUCUGACUCUGAUGAAGGGGAAGAGGACGAGGAUGAGGAAGAGGCUCAGGGGCCUCGGUGGCACGGGAUUGAGUCUAUCUUUGAAGCAUACCAGGAAUACGUAGAGGAGCAAACUAUUGAGCGGGAUGUGCUGCACAGUCAAUGCAGGAAGCUGGAAGCCCAACACUACAGCCUCAGUCUUACUGCUAAGCAGGUCACUCACUCCAUGGGGGAGCUGAAGGCCCAGAAGCAGAAGCUAGCCGCUGAAAGGGAGAAGCUGCAGGCCGAGCUGGAGCACUUCAGAAAGUGCCUGACCCUACCACAUUCAACCUGGAGCAGGGCUCACUUCAAGGGCUAUCCUCCCAGGUGACACCUCCAGUGUGCCACUGAACUUCCUCCAACCCCCUUUCCCCUGUAAAGCCCAGACUUCUGCCCCCUCAGGUCCCCCAGAAGGAGGCCGGAGGCUCCUGGCUCCCCUGCCUAGAGAGAUGAUGCACCGUAGGCACACCGAGAAGGACCGAAAACUUCAAGGCCAAGCCUGUAAUCAAAUAAUCAAAUCAAUGUGCCAUGAGUGAGGGACUGAUGCCACUCGGCACAGCUGGAAUACUUUGGAACACACUGUCCAAAACGUGUACAAAGGAAAGGUACACGGCGAAUUAUCAUCACAGUCAAAUAAAGCAAGGAAACCAAUCUGAAAUCAUCAGUAUGUGGCAUCUCGCCUGGAGAUCCAAGGAGCUUUCAACUGGAAAUGCACUUAAGAGACAAAGAAAAACCAGAACUACUUGGAGGUACUGUGUUAAAAUGAGGAACUCCUUUCGAAUUAGGGAAGAACUUUAAAAGAAAUGCACAUUUUUGUGUAAAAGAAAAAAAACUAAAGGAAAAUGUUUUAUUCAAGAAAGUUUUAAAA